CUCGUUUUUAAUUACAUACAUUCAUCAAUUAACCUCCUAGAGCACUGGAAGGAAAUAGAUUGUUCUGCUUAAAAGCUAGUAUGGUGCAGGUACAUAAUAAUAUGAUCUUAGAAAGAUGUCGAAAUUUCUACCGAAAAAUAAAAUAAAAAAGACGUUUAACUCACAGAUUUAGUUAAACGUAUCAUUCGUUUAUUACUUCAAUGUUUGUUGAUAUGUAUUACUCGUCAAUUGAUAGGUUCAAUGAUUAAUGAUUAUACUUAGGGCUGGAGGUUCGGUUAUCGGUUGCCGGUUAACCGGCCGGUUAAACCGAUAACCGGCGGUUACCUGUUAACCGACUAACCGAAAAAAGCUUACGCGGGCGGUGUUCGGUAGGGGAAUUGGUUGUGGCGGUUAAUCGGCUAACCGACGAGUCUAACCGCCGGUUAACCGGCUAACCGACACAACCAACCCCUUCACAAAACGUCGCCGCCCCCUCCCACUCUUCACGGUUCAGCCUAACCCUAAUUCCCCUUCGUCCUUCCUUCCCUAAUUGCCAAUUCGCAAUUCCCCUUCCCUUCUCUACAUCGUGACCGUCGCCGCCCAGUUCCUCUCUCCCGAUUUGCGAAUGGUUACCGACUUACCGCGAAUCAAUCUCGUCCCUCGGCCUCCAUCUUUUCUUCCCCAAUUGCCAAUUCGCAAUUCCCCUUCCCUUCUCUGCAUCGCGACCGUCCCGCCUAGUUCCUCCCGAUUUGCAAAUGGUUACGGCGAAUCAAUCUCGUCCCUCUGCCUCCAUCUCUUCUUCCCAGGCCACAGAAGUGGCUUCAGACGAAGCCGCGACCAGAGCGACGCAGCGACCAGAGCGUCUCCUGCUCCGCCAUCUCCCUCGCCGAUCCGCGCCCCUGCUCGGCUGCUCCGCCAUCUCCUCCCCGACCAGCUUCCCAACUCGCCGCCAGCCACACAGUCCCCCGCCGGCCGCUAUUGUUCCUCCGCCACCAGCAUCAGUCCCCGCCGUUUUCCUCCGCCGCCAGCCACAGUCCCCCGCCGCAUUUCCUCCGCGACCAGUCCACGAGCAAUCACCAGUAACCACCGCCUGUGUUGUGCGGUUAGCUCGGUUAACCGAGCAACUAACCGGUAACCGACCCUAUCGGUUGUCGGAUAACCGAGGAAGGCUGUCGGUCGGUUGGCGGUAGCUUUGCCUUGUAUCUCGGUUAACCGGUAACCGACCGUUCGGUUACCGGUUAUAACCGAAAAAACCGAACCUCCAGCCCUAAUUUUACUGGGGAAAAAUGCUCAUUGUUAAUAUCCGAUUUUCUUAAUAGCGUCAACCCCAAUUUCAACAACAUAAGAUUCUUGAAAAGCAAAAUUAUAAGUACUAGCUAAUUCUGUCUGUCGUAUUUGAUAACAAGCGUUACCUUUCAAAGUAUUCAAAUUUAAAAAAAAAAAUGAGAAGAAACUAUAUAAAGCUGCAAAACUAACAUACAAAAAUCAAGAAACAACAGAUAAAUGGAGCAAAAUCAAAUCUCCCCUGAAUCAUCAUGCAUAGACAGAAACACUAAAAGACCAAACAGAGGUGGCUAGCUAACUUACAAGUUAGAACCCAUCUUGGUAAUCAGUUCUUCCUUCUAUCAAACCCAGCUUAGACUCUGCAAGUGGAUUGAGAAGGCAAAGAGGAAAGCAAAAAUUGUAUAUCCGGUUAGCACAAAACCAUCAGACUUCUGUAUCCGGUUAGCAAAAAGAAUGAAACAGUAGAGAAACUGAAGCAGAGAAAGUUCAGAGCAGUUUGGGCAGGCCAAAAAUGGCAUUCACCUGCAAUUGCACCAGCACCUUGCUCUAAUCAUAAUCCCAUCUCUCUUACUCGAGGAAGAAACCAAGUAAGUGGAAAAAGAUGAAAUCAUAAACAAGGUGCAGGUACAAAUGCAGGCAAAGGCAACAUAUUGGCUGAGUUUUGAUCAAACUGUUUUAUUAUAUGUAUCUCUGUAGAAACUAAAAAGAGUAGAGAAAUGGUGUAAUUUAUAGGCAAAAGUCAAGUCAAGACGAGAAAGACUAUGACGGUGAGAGGGUGGAUAUUUAUAUAGACAGAUAGAUCCAAAGAAACAAAAGAGAUGAAGAUGGAACAAUUUCUCCUCUUUUUUUUCCCUUCUUCUUUCUUCCUUUUGGCUUUCCAGACAUGAAAGGGUCAAUUGCUUUUAUGAGCUAAAUGACAUAUUUUUGCAGUGGGAUCGAAUUUCAUGGUGGGGUUUUUUUUUUUUUUUGGUAUCCCUCUCGCUAAUGCAUAUAUCUUCUCUAGUAGUAUGUAAAAAGGAAAUGAAAAAGACAAAAGAUUUUUUUUUUUAUACGAAAAGACAAACAAUCUUGUGAUGCCGACCUCCAAAUGAGGAAAGAAAGACACACAAAUAUCAGGUUACACGUGGCGGGAAAUUGAAACAGAAAAAAAUUUGGAUAACGAAAUAUAAUUUCGCUCUAAAUUACGUCGAUUUUCAUUCAGCUUGUUCUUGACCGUUCUAUCGAUCACAUAGUAUUUACAAAGUAUAUCAAUAGUAUUUGCAAAUUUAUCUUUCUUUUCCUUUUUUUUUCCCCCUCAAUAGUAUAUACUUCUCGAAAUGGCAAUGAGGAUAUUGGAUCGGUACCUCAAUACUCGUAACUUUCCAAUGACAGAUCGGAUAUCGGGUAAUUUGUCACGUGACUCGGGUCGGGACAGAGCGACUCAUUCAGAUGUGUAACUUAGAAGGAAAACAUUAUAAAUACUCAUUUUUCAUUAAAAAAAACUAAGAAACAAAAAUGAAAUAAUUCAAAAAAUUGAGAUCGAUAUUGAGUUUAAGACCGUUGUUCCUGAGACCAAUGUUGUCAAAAUCGCGUUUUAAAACUUAAAAACUUACGAUUUUACGUUUCUAGAUCACUAAAACGCUUCUACACAAAAUCCUAGUUUUAUAGAUUAUGUAGUUAAAAACUCCGCAUUAAAACUUAAAAACUUGCGAUUUUAAACUUCUAGAUCACCAAAACGUUUCUACGUAGAAACUCAUUUUUUACUACAUUGCCUGAGACCGUUACUUAAAAUAAAGUUGUAAGUAAUUU